AAGAGAGCCCGACUGGUAUAAAAGACCGUCACUGCCGUUUCGUUCAUCAUCCGAUAUCAAACUCAUCCGCCAAGCCCAGCAAAAACAAAAAAAUGGUCGGCUCUCUCCACUUUUUGGUUGCGUUGAUUGUCGCUCUAUCGAGCGUCCAGGCUAACGUUGUCCGAGAGGAUAACAUCGCCCGUCUCUUGUCUGAAGGUCGGGCAGCAGCCACCGUCAUCACCGUCGUUACCAGCACGGCCACCGAACCCACGACGACAACUAAAACCACCAGACUGGUCUGCGCUGUCAUAGAGGCACCUUCGACCACAACGCCCUGUCGCCAGAAAAGGCAAUUCUGGAAUGCGCCACUUUUCUUCGCGCUAGGUCAGCACGAUGUUAAUCAAUUCGACGGACUCAACCCCACUCAAGUCCUCCAAGUGGAGCCGUCCGCCCUGCCGGCUCCCGUCGAGUACCGCAACCGACCGGCUUUCAGGCCCAUCGCAUCGCAGCAAUUCAAUUCGCCGUUCGCCAUUCAGUCGUCGCUGAGCAACAAGGUCCAGCCGCUGGCUCUCCGCGUUGCCGAUCCGUUCUUCGGCGCUGCCCGCUUCUCUGCCUUUUCGUCGCUCUUCUCCAACAUCAUCUCGUCCAUUCUGACUCCGGCCGUCACUUCCACCAGGACUCAGACUGUGUACACGACAACGCGAACCGUCACAACUACCACUGCUACAGUCAGGUACACUUUGAAAAGAGCUCAAUGUCUUCCGGCCGGAGUCGUCGUGUGUCCCAGUGACGCUUCAACUACGGCUGCUACCACCACGGCUGGUACCACCACGGCUGCUACCACCACGGCUGGUGUUUCCACCGAUGCUACCACUACGGCUGGUGUCUCCACAGAUGCUACCACGACAGCAGGUGUUUCCACCGAUGCUACCACGACAGCAGGUGUCUCCACAGAUGCUACCACUACGGCGGGUGUUUCCACCGAUGCUACCACGGCCGAGACGACCACCACUGGCACUGAGACGACCACCACUGGCACUGAGACGACCACCACUGGCGGUGGCUUUUUUAGGAGCAUAUUUUACUGAAAAAUGAAGAUUUCGAAUUUAUCUUGACGAAGGACAUUGGAUGGCUAUUUAAUCCCAAAUUUCUACGAAUAGCGCAAAUAACGCUGUUUAUAAUAGUACCACUCUUUGUUAUUUAAGUUGCAAGCUGUUGAAAUUGCGUGUAUACUUUUGGCCCAGUAUUUAACACAAAUGACAAAAAAGAGAAACAAUAAAACACGCAAUAUCUCA